UCCUGGGAUAUUUAUUGGAAAUCUCCUCUGAAAUACUUAUUUGAUCUGUUAGACCCCAGGGACCUGCUGUUAGACAGUCACUACUGUUUGACUUUGGACAAUUGUUGGUGUUAUCUGGUUGACAAGGUUAGCAAAAAUCUCAAUCGAAACAUUGAUAUUACCGUGAUCUGAGAUCAACCUGUUCUCGGACGGUGAGAUUUCAGCAGCUCUGCUCAACUGACUGGUGAUAAACUGAGGGAACCUUCCAGACCCGGAUCCAUAAAUCCAGCUCUUUUGCCAUACUGGAAAGUGUGUUCUUCAACUAAAUCACAUUACAGUGGUGCCAUAUAAUGCCGGGAACAGUGAUUGCUGAUCUAUUUGAACGGGCCAUCUGCUUGUUACCAAUGUUGCCAAUGUUACACAGACAGAAGAGGCUCGAAAGCAACAGCAAGUUGGAGAGACUACUUCAAAACCUUAUGAUCCUUAUUAUGGUAUUUAUUCUGCUCCUCUUUGCCAAUGAUGUCUUUGACGUUGGAUAUUAUGUAGUGUGCUACGAAAAUGAUACACUUGUUAGAAAAAAGGAUGCCAUCAUGUGUGUUGAAAAUAUGAAACCAGAAAGUGAACCACAAGCACCUGAGUACCUGACGUUGAUCAUUGGAAUAUUUCUCGGGGUGAUGUUCAUCAUCAACAGACUCUGGGAAUUUUACUUUCAAAGUUUUAUUCGUGAACAUCUGGAGGAGAUCAUCUUUGAGAUAAAUGACAGUGUUUAUCGAGCUAUGAUGGUGAAUAUCAGUGAAGGUACUAGAAAAUGUACAGACUGGAAAAGUCACAGCAUUUAUGAGGAGGACCUGGCAUUGCAAAUCGAUGACAUCUCCCCCAUAGGAAACUGGAAAUGUCACCUCAUUGUAGUUUGUUUCAUCAUAAAACAUGCUGCUUAUUGUGGUUUACUAACAAUACAGUCUACAGUCCUCUCAAACUUGCUCAUUAAUUAUAAAGAAGAAAAACAACAGUGUCAACUCGAGCACAGAAGCCUUGAUUGCACUAUUCCAGAAUAUCAUACUUUGAAAUAUAUUGGAGGUAUAGCCAUUGCUUGCACUGUAAUUAGUUUUAUAACAAUUAUUGCUUUUAUAUUUUACACUUUGUGGAACGUAAAUUCCAAAUUUAACUUGUUCUUAGAUGUAUAUAACUGUGAUAUUAUCCCUCAUUACAGUUAUCAAUCAUUGACACUUCAUUCUCAAUUCAGAGCCUGGGGUAUAAUCCUUCUCUAUUUGAAACAGAAUGAUUGCCUUUUGAUACAUUACCGGUAUUUGAACAGUAUGUGUAAUUUACUCAAAAUUUGCAAAUCUGAAGAAAGUAAUCUUCUUUCAAAAACAAAACACCUCAAACUUCUGAAGAGAAUGAAACUGCAAGUACUUAUUGAUGAAUUUAGCAGAGAUCUCUCUGGACCAGGCUCAUAUUAUCAGCAUUCAUUUGACCUUGAACCCAACUCCUGAGUUCAUUUAUCCUCUAUCUUCUCCACCUCAGAGAUAUUGCUCUUCUCCCUACCUGCUACAGUUUGUCUGCUGCUGAAACCCUCACCCAUACUUUUGUUAACUGCAGACUUUUCUUUCCAGUGCUGUUCCACAGGUCUCUUAUCCACCCUCCGUAACCUUGAUCACAUCAGAAACUUUGUAUUUUGCUUUGGACCAUGCCCUGUUCACCCAGCACCCUUGUAUCUUUUGAUCAGGACUGGCCCUGAUUCAACAAGUUCUCAAUUUAAAAAGCCUCAUUUUCUCCUAAUUCAACAGUUUCCUCAUUUCCCCUCCCCCCACGUUAUCCCAGUCCCAAGCUUCCAAUUCGGCACCGCCCUCCGGAUCCGUCACCUGACCUAUCACCUUCUCCCUCACCUUCAUCCCUCACUUUCCCAGCAACCUCCCCUCAACUUCACUCCCCUUCCAUUUAUCACUCAGCCCCAACCCACAAGCCUCAUUCCUGAUGAAGGUCUUAUGCCCGAAACGUCAA